AUGGAGUUCCCAGAUAGCAGCCAAACUGAUCGAGAAAUUAUCCCAAAUGUAUCUAUACCCCUUUCAUCUUGUUCUCUUCCUAUUCAUCUGCCACUAUCUCUCUCUCUCUCUCUCUCUCUCUCUCUCUCUCUCUCUCUCUCUCUGCUAUAUACAAAUACGAACACACAUUUCCUACCUAUACUUUUCUUUUAUUCGUCUUUUUUACUCAUUCUUUUUGCUUCUGAUUUUUUACUAAAUAAGUUUCACAAAAAAAUCUAUCUAUCUAUCUAUCUAUCUAUCUAUCUAUCUAUCUAUCUAUCUAUCCCAGUCUGUUCAUAUCUAUUUAUCUAUCUCAGUCUGUUCAUAUCUAUGUAUCCAUAUCUAUGUAUCUAUAUCUAUGUAUCUAUGUCAUAUCUAUCUAUCUAUCUAUCUAUCUAUCUAUCUAUCUAUCUCAUCCAUCUAUCUAUCUAUCUAUAUCUAUCUAUUUAUCUAUCUAUAUCUAUCUGA